CCUCCCAAUUACCAUGCUUUCCCCUGGGUGCCCACUCCCAGUGCCAGACGCCCGUUGGACGGCACGCCGACACGAUGGGGGACGAGCAAGCACCCGAGCAGGGCCUGGAUAGGUUCACCUACGACUAUGAGACCAUCCGCAACGGGGGGCUGAUCUUCGCCGUCGUGGCUUUUGUGGUCGGGCUCCUCAUCAUCCUCAGCCGGCGGUUCCACUGCGGAGGGAAGAAGAAGAGGAGACAAGGGAAUGAGGAGGACCUGUAGCUGCAGUUCCAGAGUUGCUGUGGGAGGAGAGCUUCAUCCAUAGCUGUGAAGUCCUUGCCAAGGACCACCUCUUGCCCCGCUCCAGUGCAUCCAUUCAUUAUCCUGCUCACCCUGGGCAAGGCUGGGAUGCUAAUUGCCCUCGUGCUUUUCCCUCUGGUAGAUCCACUGAGUGUUUCUUAGCUAAUAAAGUUCCAGCUGAGAGAGGUUAAA